AUGAAGCCCGCGCCAUCUUCCGUUCUGCAGGGGAGCAGACGACAUACACCAUGGAUGCUAGUGCUACAGCGAAGGAAAUCAAUAGGAGCUAGGAGGCUAGCAACACAAGUCGAACACUCGACGGCCUUCCCUGACGACAAACAAAGACACCAAGGCAAAGAGCGGGUCGUCAUCCUGGGCUCCGGCUGGGGGGGCUACAGUCUCUCGCGGCGGCUCUCGCCGAGCAAAUUCGCACCGCUGAUCAUCUCCCCGCGGUCGUACUUUGUCUUCACGCCGCUGCUUACCGAUGCAGCCGGGGGCUCGCUCGAUUUCUCGAAUAUCGUCGAGCCGGUCCGGGAUUGCAGGGCGCGGGUGGAUUUCAUCCAGGCGGCGGCGCGCGCGGUGGACUUCGACCGGAAGACAAUCCUCUGCGAGGCGACGGUCGUCAAGAGCGGGGUGACGGAGUCGCCGCGGACGGACGAGGCGGGAGGUGUCGUCAGCACGAUGGCCAAACGACGGUGGGAGGCGGGCGAGACGUUCACACUCCCCUACGACAAGCUGGUCAUCGCGGUGGGGACGGUCACCAAGACGUUUAAUACCCCGGGGGUGCGCGAGAACGCGCUCUUCUUCAAGGAUAUCGGGGACGCGCGGCGGGUAAGGCGGCGGGUGCGCGAGUGCUUCGAGCUGGCGGUGCUGCCGACGACGGCGCCGGAGAUGAGGAAAUGGCUGCUGCAUUUUGCGAUUGUUGGGGCCGGGCCGACGGGGACGGAGCUGGCGGCGUCGCUGCGGGAUUUCAUCUAUCGCGAUCUUAUGCGGCUGUAUCCCAACCUGGCGGGGAUCCCGCGCAUCACGCUGUACGAUGUUGCGCCGACGGUGUUGUCGAUGUUUGAUGAGCGGCUGGCGGCGUAUGCGAUGGAGACGAUGAAGAAGGAGGGGAUCACGAUCAAGACGUCACAUCAUAUGGACCCCAAGCGGUGUCUGACGCUGACUACCAAGGAGGAGGGGGAGGUGGGCGUGGGCAUGUGCGUGUGGGCGACGGGGAAUAAGAUGAACGAGUUCAUUCGCAACUCGUUGGAGGAGGUGGAUGUCUUUCCCUCUGCCUCGGCGGUGGCCAAGGGCGGGAAGAUCCAGGAAGAGAAUUCCUCCUGGAAGGUCAAGAAAGGCCCCAACGGCGCCCUGCUCGUCGACGGCCGGCUACGCGUGCAGCUGGCCAGUGACAACAACGGACAGACAGCCAUCCUCCGCGACGUCUUCGCACUCGGCGACAACGCCAUGCCUGAGACCGGGGCGCCCCCGGCGACGGCGCAGGCGACCUUUCAGGAAGCCAAGUGGCUGGCGGCGCGGUUGAACGCGGACGAUAUCGAGCAGGCACCGCCGUUCUCGUUCCGUAACAUGGGCACUCUGGCGUAUAUUGGCGAUGCGAGGGCGCUGAUGCAGCUGCCGCACGAGGACGGCAAGCGAUACAAGUAUCUCCCGCAUGGAUUGACAGGGCGCAUGGCGUGGCUGGUGUGGAACUCGGCGUAUCUGACGAUGAGUAUUAGCUGGCGGAAUCGGCUGCGGGUGGCGUUUCGGUGGUUGUUGAACAAUUUGUUUGGACGGGAUGUAUCUAGAUAUUGA